AUGUCGGACUCGGAUGGCGAGUAUGUUGCUGACGAUAUAUCGGACGAGGAUAUCGGCGCGCAUCAGGUUUCCACCCAUGGUACGCGAUCGUCGGGCCCGGUUCGGGGUGCUGCUGGCUCGGGCACGAGAGGCGGCGAUACGAAUGCUGGAACCGUUCGAAAGCGAGCCGCGUGGGAAGAUAUCCAGAGGAGUUGGGAUACGGUCGUUGAGGGUGCAGAUGGGAGUAUUAACUCUACUGUUGAGGGGCUGAGGGAGGCGGGCAAGAGGAAAAGGUUAUUGCGGGAUACAACACCAUUACAAAGAGGAAUUAUUCGACAUCUCAUACUAGUCCUCGACCUCUCCUUCGCCAUGGAAGAUAAAGACAUGCGUCCCAGUCGCUAUCUCCUAACGCUACGGUUCGCCUCAGAAUUCGCGACCGAGUACUUCGAGCAGAACCCUAUUUCGCAACUUGGGAUAAUAGGCAUGCGGGAUGGGAUAGCAAUCCGAAUCAGCGAUAUGAGCGGGAAUCCCACCGAGCAUAUCGAGCGUCUAAAAACCCUGCGGGAUCAACAGCCGCAGGGAAACCCGAGUUUGCAGAAUGCGCUCGAGAUGAGCAGAGCAGCUCUCUACCACGCCCCGUCCCACGGGACUCGCGAGGUCCUCAUAAUUUACGGGGCGUUGCUUUCCAGUGAUCCGGGAGACAUCCAUCAGACGAUCGCUUCUCUCAUUACAGAUCGAAUCCGCGUAUCUGUCGUUGGACUAGCAGCGCAAGUCGCUAUCUGCGACGAGCUUUGCAGCAAGACCAACGCUGGAGAUGACGGUAAUUACAACGUGGCUCUGAACGAGCAGCAUUUCCGCGAGCUGGUCAUGGCGAUUACGACGCCGCCUGUGACGCGCACGAAGAAACAGUCUCAGUCAAGUCUGCUUAUGAUGGGAUUUCCGUCGAGGACUUUUGGUACUGGCAAGGCGAUGAGUUUCUGCGCUUGUCAUAGCAAGCUAAGUCGUGGCGGAUAUUUGUGCUCGAGAUGCGAGACGAAAGUCUGUAGUCUACCUGCUGAAUGCCCUGCUUGUGGGCUUACUCUUAUUCUGUCCACGCAUCUUGCUCGGUCGUAUCAUCAUCUCUUCCCGCUGAGGAAUUGGGUUGAGGUGGCCUGGGUGGACGCGAAGAAAUCAAAGGCGUGUUAUUCUUGUUUGACACCUUUCCCGGAAGUGCCCCUAUGGGGGUCGCAGAAUGAUGGGAAUGGCGAGGUGGCGGGCGGCCUGGAGGUCAAGGGGAAUAGUGAGAGUGGCAGGUAUGCGUGCGAGGUCUGCGGAAAUCAUUUCUGCAUCGACUGCGAUGUGUUUGCGCAUGAUGUUGCUCAUAAUUGUCCUGGGUGUCAGUGCGAUACCCGGGGAAUGAUUGCGAGAGAUAGGCAUGCUGGGAAUCAUCAAGUUGUUGCUGUGGGCGAAGAUGUGGUGAUGGGAUGA